AUGAAUCUGUUGGAGCUGGACGUGGCUAAAUCUGUUGGGCCUGACAAUCUCACCGUUGAUACUAAAAGAAGUUACACUACACACUUCUGGGUAUUAACUCUGAACUACGCUGCUCAGGACCUUACCACCGGGGUUAAAGAAUAUAAAUCUGUCUACAAGACUGAGGGGGUCCACCUCCCGACACCCCAAGACUAUAACACCCGUCCACAAGACGGACGGGAGUCCACCACCCGUCCACAAGACGGACGGGAGUCCACCACCCGUCCACAAGACGGAGGGAGUCCACCACCCGUCCACAAGACGGACGGGAGUCCACCACCCGUCCACAAGACGGAGGGAGUUCACCACCCGUCCACAAGACGGAGAGAGUCCACCACCCGUCCACAAGACGGAGGGAGUCCACCACCCGUCCACAAGACGGACGGGAGUCCACCACCCGUCCACAAGACGGACGGGAGUCCACCACCCGUCCACAAGACGGACGGGAGUCCACCACCCGUCCACAAGACGGAGGGAGUCCACCACCCGUCCACAAGACGGAGAGAGUCCACCACCCGUCCACAAGACGGACGGGAGUCCACCACCCGUCCACAAGACGGACGGGAGUCCACCACCCGUCCACAAGACGGACGGGAGUCCACCACCCGUCCACAAGACGGACGGGAGUCCACCACCCGUCCACAAGACGGACGGGAGUCCACCACCCGUCCACAAGACGGACGGGAGUCCACCACCCGUCCACAAGACGGACGGGAGUCCACCACCCGUCCACAAGACGGACGGGAGUCCACCACCCGUCCACAAGACGGACGGGAGUCCACCACCCGUCCACAAGACGGACGGGAGUCCACCACCCGUCCACAAGACGGACGGGAGUCCACCACCCGUCCACAAGACGGACGGGAGUCCACCACCCGUCCACAAGACGGACGGGAGUCCACCACCCGUCCACAAGACGGACGGGAGUCCACCACCCGUCCACAAGACGGACGGGAGUCCACCACCCGUCCACAAGACGGACGGGAGCCCGCCACCCGUCUACAAGACGGAGGGAGUCCACCACCCGUCUACAAGACGGAGGGAGUCCACCACCCGUCCACAAGACGGAAGGGAGUCCACCACCCGUCCACAAGACGGAAGGGAGUCCACCACCCGUCUGCAAGACGGAGGGAGUCCACCACCCGUCUUCAAGACGGAGGGAGUCCCCCACCCGUCUACAAGACGGAGGGAGUCCACCACCCGUCUACAAGACGGAGGGAGUCCACCACCCGUCCACAAGACGGAAGGGAGUCCACCACCCGUCUACAAGACGGAGGGAGUCCACCACCCGUCUACAAGACGGAGGGAGUCCACCACCCGUCUACAAGACGGAGGGAGUCCACCACCCGUCUACAAGACGGAGGGAGUCCACCACCCGUCUACAAGACGGACGGGAGUCCGCCACUCGUCCACAAGACGGACGGGAGUCCACCACCCGUCCACAAGACGGACGGGAGUCCACCACCCGUCCACAAGACGGAGAGAGUCCACCACCCGUCCACAAGACGGACGGGAGUCCACCACCCGUCCACAAGACGGACGGGAGUCCACCACCCGUCCACAAGACGGAGAGAGUCCACCACCCGUCCACAGGACGGACGGGAGUCCACCACCCGUCCACAAGACGGACGGGAGUCCACCACCCGUCCACAAGACGGACGGGAGUCCACCACCCGUCCACAAGACGGAGAGAGUCCACCACCCGUCCACAAGACGGACGGGAGUCCACCACCCGUCCACAAGACGGACGGGAGUCCACCACCCGUCCACAAGACGGACGGGAGUCCACCACCCGUCCACAAGACGGACGGGAGUCCACCACCCGUCCACAAGACGGACGGGAGUCCACCACCCGUCCACAAGACGGACGGGAGUCCGCCACCCGUCUACAAGACGGACGGGAGCCCGCCACCCGUCCACAAGACGGAGGGAGUCCACCACCCAAGACUCCCACUCGUCAAGAAUCUCCACACAAGUGAUGCGGCAAUUCUCGGGCCCACCAUUACCACACACCAACCCACCUUUAAUCCCGGCAUUUAA